GAUUACUUUGUAUCAACUGUUUGGUUGGGAGAACGUGAAGGGCGGUAAAUAGAACGUUCUCUGCUGGUGAGCUGCCCUUUUAUGUAAAUAUUUUUCCUGUUUACACAUUGCUGACCAAAAAUGGCAGAAACUGAAUCCUGUGCACUUCAUGUCCCAGCUUUGGAGGACAUCUCAGAGGUCUUUAAAGUUGGAUUACAGAAGAAUUAUGCAGAAGUCCAUGUCAGAAUAGUGGACUGCCCUGAUCUAACACAAACACCUUUUUGUUUUCCUGUGAAAGGAAUCUGUGGGAAGUCCAGAAUUGCAGAUGUAGGUGGCGUUCCAUAUUUGCUGCCAACUGUGCGCCUCGAUAAAAUUUACAAUGUUAAUACAGUGGCUAAGAAGAUCAACCUUCCUGGUGCCUACAUGUUAGGAGCUGGAGCAGCUUCCCACAGAACCUUAGGAAUUAAUGCUGAGAUGAUAUUCUCCGUACAAGCUGAGAGUGCAACCUCCCCUUCUGUAAAUGGAAGUUAUAUUGCUAGUGUUAACCCAGCAGAUGGCAAUUGUCUUUUGGAGAAAUACAAGGAUAAUCACACAGAUGAUGAAUUUGGGCUGCUAUCCAACAUAUACGCCAGUGAGGGGAAACCAGGAAAAGUCAUUGAGGUUAUUGUAAAGAAAAGGACUGGGGAGGACAAUUUUGUGAGCUGCAUGAGAAACUCUCUUAAAACUCAUUAUGGAGACAAACCUGUGGGUAUUGGAGGAACAUUUGUAAUAGAAGAAGGGAAAGCUAAACUUCAUGUCAUGCCUCGUGAAUUUUCUGCUUGUCCUUUGAUCACUGAUGAUGAUGUCGAUCAAUGGCUGAAGUUUUAUGAAAUGAAAGCUCCUCUGAUUUGCCAAUCAGUGUUUGUGUCUCAUGAUCCUGGCUUUGACUUGCGCCUGGAACACAGUCAUUGCUUCAGUCACCAUGGGGAAGGAGGACACUACCAUACUGACACUACCCCGGAAACAGUGCAGUACCAUGGCUACUUCCACCCUGCCGAAUUUCUUUACCGAAUUGACAAACCUGCUGUCACACACAUGGUUGGACGGGACUAAAUUGAUGACAAAAUAAAUGCAAAAUGUAAAGUAAUUCCUGUGAAACACUGCUGGAAUCUCGACUAGACACAAAGAAAGUGUUCUCCUGAUUAAUGCACUUACUUGUUUAAUAUUGCUUUUAAAUCAAAUAUUCAGCUGCUAUUAGAAAGCGAUAGACACUUAUAAAAAAAAUAAU